AUGAGCAAGUCCACGCUGAACGUCCAUCCUGUGGCGUAUUUGAAUGCCGAUUCUGACCAUCCUCGUCAGGGUGACGACAGAACUUCAAGAAAGUCACACUCUACGGAGUCCACCGGUUCUCCGAUAGGCUCCAUCUCCUCGUACACAGAGGUAUCCUCAGACCCUGACUCUCCGCCAGGUAUGCAGAGCACGAACUCUCCGCACAUCAAGCAGAAUGUCAACGCCACGAAUAACUCUACCUUAGGAACGAUGCUACCUAAUAUAUCUGCUUUAGAUGCUGCAUGUCAUCCGUUCGACUCGCAGUCAAGAUACCUUUAUCCAACUUUUAGGCCACAGGUUCCUCAAAUUCCUCAGGUCCCGCAAGCUUCUCAGGGACAUCAGAUUGCCCAACUGCCGUCUUUGUCACUUCCAACGCAAUCUUUUCCACCAGCGAGAGGUGAGAAAAACGGAGACGAGGGUCCUUUGCAAUGUAAAUGGAAAGAUUGCACAAAAUUUUGCGAUGAUGCGAAAACUCUUUACCAACACGUUUGCGACUUCCAUGUGGGCAGAAAGUCGAAUAAGAACCUCGAACUCAGUUGCCAAUGGGACGGUUGUCGCGUGGUUACCGUCAAACGUGACCAUAUUACCUCCCAUGUCAGAGUGCACAUUCCAUUGAAACCUUUUGCCUGUAACAUGUGUUCCAAAAAAUUCAAGAGGCCUCAGGACCUCAAGAAACACACCAAGACCCACUUUGACGACUCGAAAAAGAAUGCUGCGAAGCGCGAGAAGCAAUUUAACGAUUAUUCGAGAACAAACUGGAUUUACGGUUAUCCCGUCUACGACCACCCUCCUCUUCCUCACCCCUACGCUCUUCCUCCGCCACCUCCCGCUUCUCAGCCGAUCGAGAACAGAAAGCGCAAAUUCGAUCUUUCUUGGAAUGUUCCGACCUUGUACGAGGAUUUAAAACGCUCGAAAUUCCAGCCUACCUACAAUCCAGAAAUCGCACACAAGUUGAACGGAUUCGAUGCUACCAUGAUGCCAGGCUCUCGUCCUUCUGCUGAUUUCUCACUUCCGCCGCUGCACAACUCGAGAUACGGCGGAUUCCACUCUCAGCAGGAUUUGAUGGAUGCUUCGUCUUACUUCAGCCACAUGUCGAAUUCCAUGUCUUACGACCAAUUCCAUCUAAAACCGGCUGUUGCUGGUAACGGCCAGCUCUACCCAAUGCUGCCUUCUAAGACUCCCCACGUCAACAUGUCUGACUCUGAUCACGUGAAACGGCUGAAUGUGAGCUCCACACAAAGAUCCACGGAGGCGGAGCUUGUUAGUAGGCUUGCUGCUGUUGAGCUAUCCGAGUCGUCAGACGACGACGAUGACCAUUCGAGCUACUAUGAUGGUUCGGACUCUGAGUCAGAUUCUGAGGACGCUGAGCAAUGGGCGCAAUUCUACAAGCAUCGCGAGCUUAUCAGUACGAUUUCCGCUUAUUUGAAUGAUCUGGUGGAAGAAUUGGACAAGCCGCAGACCUCGAGACAAUCUCUUUACCCAGCAAUUAGUGUUUAG